AUGAAGUCGAUCAAGAGGAAGCAACCGUUUCUUGAUCUUCCGAUCAUCUUCCUCCUAAUCGCCGCCGCCGCCUUUCUCCCUACUCCGGCGAAAGCGAUCCCAACUGACUCACUCGACUACGUCCUGUACUUCCUCCGCAGCCGCGGCCACUCUCUGUUCGCCAAUGCGAUCUCCACCUCCGAUCUCCUCUUCGACGUCCUCUCCCUCCCUUCCCUCACUCUCUUGCCUCCUGUCGAUCCGGCGCUCUUCGCCAUCGACAUGACCGAAUCGCCGGAGCUAUACCUCGCCGUUCUCCGCCUCCACGUCCUUCCGUAUCGCAUCGACCUCCGCUACCUCCAGAACAAUGCUUCGCUCCACACUCUGGUUCCCUCCCGCCGCCUCCACGCCACCAGAGCAGAUCCGCCAGCCGCCGUCGCCUCUCUUCAUCUUGACGGCGUGGAGGUCCUCUUCCCCGCUCUGUUCGACUCCAGCAUUGUUGCCGUCUACGGAUUGCAAGGUGUGCUUCCUGCUCGCUUCGUCUCCGUCACAGACUCACCUCCGUUUCAGUGGUUCCGUCCUCCGCCAGUCACUACUCGGAAUCGGAAUUGGAAUCGGAAUGCGACGGUGAUUCCUCCUCUGGUUCCAGCUGCCAGGCCGGCUCCGUUUACACGCCCGAUUUCCCCGCGCCGAGUUCCGAGAUCAAGCGGAACGAAUUCUCCAUUGCCGGAUAACAGACCGGUGGUCCUUUCUCCUCCUCCUCCAGUGAAUCUAACGGAUUCACCAGAAUCAGCGCCGGGAGAUUCGGUUCUUGGUGUUCAUCCGUUUGGGCGAAAUGUAACUGUUCAAACGAAUCAGACGAGUCUUCCUUCGGCUGAUUACGGGGCACCUGCUCUUCCUCCAAUUUCGACUCCUGGCAACAACUCCGCCGUUUCUCCUGUUCGUGAUAAUCGUGGCGGCGCUCCUGCUUUUCCUCCAAUUGACGGGAGCAGUCCGGCGGCUCAGAUCAGUUUGCCUCCGACUAUCGGCGACAAUUUUCUUCCUCCAGAGCAAGAAGUUGAUAAUCAGACCGCUUUCGGUGUCCCUCCGAUUUUGCCACCAUCUUCAGUUGACGGUGCUUCGAUUGAUCUCGCUCCCAGUCCGGUGCCCUUGAUGGAAACUCUGCCGCCGGCUGUUUGUCCUCCAGUUAACCUGACUGAAGUGGCAGUUAUGGUCCCGGCGGGUCAAUCUCCGCUGGAAUCGGCUCCAAGAACAUCGCCGUCUCCAGGCAUCGGAGAUGAUGGUUGGCCGGUUCGCAACGUCGGCGACGCCACCAGCUCCGGCAACGACUAUCCGUUUCCGAAGAGAGACGACGACGACUGGGAAAUGUCAGCCGGGGAAUUGGCGGAGGUCGCACUUGGACCGGCGGGGGACCACGUCAGCACUCGGGAUGAUUACGCAAUGCUGGGCCUCGACGGAGUGGAUUAUCCUUGA